AUGGAAACAGGAAACGGUAAUGAAUCCCUCGCGGAACUCGUCGACACGAUCAAAGGUACGAUUAAAAACCUUGAGAACAAAAGGUCGUUCUUGGAGGAACAACGGCCGUUGUAUGAACAGAUUUUCGACAGGAUAAACAGUGCAGACACUUCGGAGGAUUCUGAGGAGACAUGGCAGUUUGGAGAGGUUAUUUUUCAAGGAGGCAAGUUUUUCCAGAACAUUGGGUACGAUUAUUAUGUGGAGAAGAGCAGAGAGGAGUGUUUAGAGUUCAUCGUUGUUCGGAUCAACUUAAUAAAAGAGGCUAUUGAGCAGUUUGAGCAGAAGCUGAAAGAGGCGCGUGAUACAUUGAAAAAUAUGGAGCUUCUUCAGAAGGAUGCUGACUCAUUAAAGGGAGAGUUGCUUGAGAAUGAGCAUGGGGAGCAGUUGAUGGAGAUCCGAGAGGAAUUGGAUGAGGAUGGGAACGUUUUGAACUCCUCUGUGACGGCUGCGAAUGGACCGCGUAAGGAGGGCAAAGCGGCUGCGGAGCAAAGUGAUACCAGCACUCAGAGCGAUGCUAAGUCUGAUGCCCCAGACAGCUUAGACACUGUUGAAGAACAAGAAAGUGACAAUACGGAAGCCCAUACAACAGAGAAUGAGUAUUCGGAAGAUCAGAACUCAUUUAAAAUCUCACAGGAACAGAUGUACACGUUCGAUGAUUUGGUUGAACAGCUCGACAAAAUUGAUGAGGACGAGGAUGGGGAAUUUGACGUUAAUGAUGUUCAAUACGAUUACGAAGCCUACGAAGGAAUGAAUGACGAAUAUGUGGACUACGAAGAUGAAGAUGGCGAUGACGACGAUGACGAUGACGACUAUGAUUAUGACACUCGUAAUGUCUCGAUUGUUCCCGAACCUGCUCAGAAAUCGUUCAUGGAUCAAAUUAAUGCUUUAAGAAAGAAGAAAAUGCAAGAGGACGACAAACAGAAGCAGAACAGUGAAGCCACUAAGUCCAUUCUCAAAAAGACCUCUGGAAAGAAGAAGAGUGUCAAUUUCGCACCACAAUUAGAUGUUUACGAAGUGGAAAAUGUCAAAGCUGAGACCAAGUCAAACACUUUCAACUUCCCUAGAUAUAACAAUAUUGUCAGUUCCGAUAUCAGUGAAACUACAACGGAAGAUGCUGAUUUUGACGCUGAUUUGUUCGCUAGAAUGAUUGGCGCUAAGGAUGCAGACGUUCUCCACGACAAAUAUCAACAAAAUCAAACACCUGCUACUAGUGAAGUGCCUGUUGAGCCAACGCCUCGCAAAAAGCGUGUAUCAAGAUUCAAGAGAGAGAAACAGGGUUCCGCGGCAUCUCCAGUACUAGAGAGAAAUACCGAUUCAAACCCAAGCCCCGCUGUUAUGGACAUUGUUGAACACUCGGAUAUACAAGAGACAGUGAACGACUCUUCUUCUGCAAUCUCGGAUAUAGUUGCACGUGAAGAUAUUCAACCGCCCUCCCCCGUUGUUUCUAAACAGCCAAGCUUCUUCUCGAAGGAAAUGAAAUCGCUUAGAAAACCCAAAAAGUCGCAACCACCAAAACCUAGCAUUGACCUCUCAGAAUCAGAAUCAUCUGACGAAAACGAGGACGAUCCAGCACCUACGGAACAACAUAACGAGGACAAGGAAAGUUCAGAAAAACAACCCAUAACCAGCGCUUUCCCAAAGCAAAAAGACAACAAUGUUAUCAACCAGCCAAAAAUCGAUUUUUCACAACUUGCAGACACUGAUGACAUGGCUAGAGCAUAUCUGCUAGGACUCUACGACGACGAUGUCGAAGACCCAGGAAUGGUGUUACAAGAGGCGUCAGAUUUCAAUGAAUAUAACAAAGCAGUGGAAGAUCUAAAACCUGAACUAGAGCAAUUCUUCAAGGAAAACCCUCAGCCUACUGAGGCAGCACAAGUACAAACCGCCGAUAGUGGCCCCAUGAUGAACGAUAUAAUAGAAAGAGAUCCGCUCAAGGACAUGGAAACGUCGCCUCUACAAGACGUUCAGGAACAAAUUAUAUACUCGGAAAUUCAAAAAGAAUACAUUGAGCAUCGUCGCCGCAACAUUGAGAAAUUGGCAGCUACGAACGGUAUGACUGGAGGACAUAACGACGAUGAUGAAGAAGAGCUUGGCAAAGAACCAAUCGAUGAGUUUGGUAAUCCUGUCACCACCAGUCGCUUCAAAGAACAGACAAUGGCUGCUCGAAAGCUCCAUAUCAAGCCGUUCACAAAAAAUUGA